GUUCAUAUUAGAUUUGUAAACUUGCUUGUAAUUGGACCACGUGACCUUCAAGCUCUCACUGCAGAUAAACAGUUAAGGAAACCAUAAUUUCCGCACAGACUCUCGAGCGGUUAAAUAUAUAUUUUCUUUUUUGUUUGAUGACUCCAUAAACCAAAAAAAUCAGUCAGAGACGGUGUGAGGAGGUUAAAAACUUUCUGCGCAUACUUUAUGCUUCUCUCUGUGCGCUCUCACAUAAAAACAAGCCGUUUUGUUUUCUUUUUUCUUGUGUGCCUAACCGACCGUUUGAGCGCCUCCCACUUCACGUCAUAUAAAGUAAAACUUUUCAAAGUACAAUGAUAAAUGCGGCACUAGCUGUGCAAAUGAGACUUGACACAGUAUUUGGCUUCUAUUAUUUACACCAUUUCUCUUUUUUUUAUACAUUGCAGUCAGUUUUAUUUAAAAAAUUAUAUAAAAUGUGACUGAUUAAACUGAUCAAACAGAAGAAAAGUCAUUCCCGCAGCCACAGUCUCUGUGCUGCACUCUGCAUCAUUUUGUAAACAUCAUAAAAGUCACUACUACAAUUUUCAUUACUUUAUUCUUGUUGGCACUAAAUGUUUCUCAUAUUGUGACCUUUGUUGCCAUCUGUUGGUUGAAAUAAGCAUAACAAUCUCUGUAACACUUCUCAGAAGCACUCGGAUUUCCUUUAAAUGCCCAUUGUGUUCCUAAUGCUCCACAUCACACUGCUAAAGGUUUCAUCAGUGAAAUGUUGAAGAACUGAAUCAAAUUCAAAGCCCUGAGGAUCAUUUAGCAUCUGUGUAAUAUUUUGGCAUCAUGCAGUAUUCCUCCUGUGUGCUUUGAAGCUGCUGUGUACGUGUUUAUGACCCCACCCAGUAGUGGUUAACACUAACUUGAUGUAUUUGUUGAUUCAUUAAAUAUUAAGGCCAAGUUUGUCCUGAAGUAGGCCACAGUUGUUGAUCUAAUCCAAUACUGACAAAGUUAAGGAAGAACUUAACAUGUCUGAGCAGGGAUAGCUCAGUAGGUAAAGUGGUUGCCCCAUAAUCAGAAGGUUGGGGGUUUGAAUCCACUGAACGGCUACCCUGAAGUACCCCUGCGCAAGGUACCUUACACACUGCUCCCUGGGCACUGGCUUGGUGGCUGCUCACUCAUUCACUGAAUGGGUUAAAUGCUAAGAGGAAUUUCCCUACAGGGGAUGUAUGAAGUAUACAUUGAAAUAUGAGUCAUUUAUGUCAUCUUUCCUACAUGCUUUCUUCCUUAAAAUUGCACAACACAACACCCAGCCUACCCGCAUUUCCCCCCCUCUUUUAUGCAAAUGAAAGAUGCUGGUAAGUGAAAGUGUGAAGAACACUUUCACUGCAGGUCAGGCUGCGAACACUUCACUUUCCAGCCUCCACUCACAGAUGGAGUCCCCCAUAAUCUUCCUGUUUGUGAUUUCUGGCUCUGUAGCCCUGCAGCAGAAUCUGCAGGUGAAGCUUGGAGAGGACAUCACUCUCCAGUGUCAGAUUACCACAGAUGAAAAAAUCUCAGUGCUGAAGUGGAGCAGACCUGACCUGAACACAGACGGCUACGUCUACUUCUACAGGAACAAACGCUCCUAUGAAAACUACCAACAUCCAUCUUUUCAUGGAAGAGUGAAGCUGAGGGACCCAGAGAUGACAGAUGGGGACGUUUCACUGAUCCUGAACAACAUCACGUUUAAUGACACUGGGAUGUAUGAGUGUCAUGUAGCAGUGAGGAACCCUGUGAGAAGUAAAAGACUUCACACUGAGAUCAGUCACUUCAUUGACCUCACAGUCACAGGUGAAACAGAUGAAAAGUUGUUGCAGCAGCGACUCGUGGAAAGUGAAGCUGGAAAAGUGCAGGAUGUGGGAGAUGUAGUAACUCCAACUGUUAUAAUGGUUGUUUGUUAUGUUGCGGUUGCUGUUAUUGUUGUUGGUUUUCUGACAUUAUUCAUAUUUAAAAGAUUUCAGUUAAAAGGACUAGAUGUUACAGUCCCUGAUAAUGCAUUGCUUUAAAUGGCGAGAAUCUUGAGGGAUGGCUGCUAUGAGGAAAGGCAGCCCAGAGACAUCGUUGUGUGCCUCAACUUUCGGUCUUUUAUCCAGGCUAAUCUGCCAUUUUUAGGAGGAUUAGAGAUCAGAUCUAGAUAUCAUAUUAAGAUUUGGGACACAUCGUCAGUAGUCGACCUUGGAUUCAUCGGGUGUUUCGGCCAUUAUCAUUAGACACCCUCAUCAAGGAGGCCCUGCCAGGGUUGAUCAGGCCCUGGAGUCACUGGUUUAUGUU